AUGUCACUAUCGCGAUCACCCUCUCCCCACCCGGGCGGAGGGUGGUCCAGCCCGGGCUUAGCACCGGGCAGCGGAACCACAACUCCGCGCGGGUACUCGCCCUCCAAAUCACCCGGAAUUUCCUGGGCCGCGGCGAAAGCGAAAAGCGACGAGGUGCGCGGAUACCCAUCCUUCUCGACGCGCAAUAGUGGGUUCUUCUCGAGGCAGAAACAUAAGAUCUCGGCGAGGUUGCCCAGCUUUCGGGGACGGUCUGGUGCUGGUGGGUAUGUGGAUAAGGAUGCGUAUGGACGCGCAGAGUGGCGCUCUGGCGGGCAUGGGCCGUUGGCUACGCUGGGAAUGUUGAUGCGACGUGGACGGGCCCGUUUCCUUGCGGGAGUUUUACUGCUUCUUAUUGGGUACCUGUUUCUUUGGUCGACGCUGGUUCAAUGGUACCGUCGUUCAUCGCUGGGAGGAGGCCGCAAGGUGGUAAUCAUUCUCGGGUCGAAUAUCGAGGGCGGUGUUAUGGCGAUCAAGGGAGCGCGUGAGUGGGCUGUCGAGCGCAACAGCGUCUGGAAUAAGGAACGCUAUGCACAGCAGUGGGGAUACGAAUUGGAGGUGGCCAACAUGCUGGCUAAGAAGCGGUACUCGCAUGAGUGGCGCGAGAGCUGGGAGAAGAGUGACGUGAUCCGUGAAGCUAUGCGCAAAUAUCCCGAGGCGGAAUGGUUCUGGUGGCUUGAUAUCAACACCUGGAUUAUGGAGUAUGGGACCUCCUUGCAGAGCCACAUUUUCAAUGACCUGGAAUCGAAGGUCUAUCGAGAUAUCAACGAAUACAACCCUCUCAACAUGACACAUCCGCUUCCGGAGUUCUAUUUGGAUGAUCUAAGUCGUUCUCGGGAGGGUGAUGGAGAUUCUCGCUCUCUCAACUUGCUCCUUACUCAAGACUGCGGCGGGUUCAACCUGGGUUCUUUCUUGAUCCGACGGUCUAUCUGGACGGACCGACUCUUGGAUGCAUGGUGGGAUCCUGUCAUGUAUCAGCAGAUGCACAUGCAGUGGGAACACAAAGAGCAGAAUGCUUUGGAGUACAUUUACCAAAGUCAGCCAUGGAUUCGCAGCAAUGUCGGAUUCUUACCACAGCGCACCAUCAAUGCCUUCCCUCUGGGGGCCUGCGGUGACGAAAACAAUCCUGCCAUCCACUACCAGGAGGAAGACCGCGACUUCGUCGUCAACAUGGCUGGCUGCAUGUUUGGUCGGAACUGCUGGGCCGAAAUGGUCAACUAUCGAGAUCUCAGCGAUCGGCUCAAUAAGAGCCUGUGGGAAGCUUGGAAAGAUGCCCUCGGUGGGGCAGACGACCAGGAGUCGGAGGAUGAAGAAUCCGAGGAAUAA